AUGUCAACGUCGGACAACCAGAACGAGACCCAGUCCAGACUCUAUUUCCUCAACGAACAGUUACAGAAAAUGGUCCAUGAGUUACCCAGAAAGUACCAGCAGCGCAUACCCAACGAACUUCUGUGCGAACUCACCGAAUGUCUGUUGGACAAAACGCUGUAUUCAAUCGUCAAGGAACUGACCGAUAUUCAGCACGUGACAGAGAAACAAAUGUUUCAAAAACGGUUAGAAAUGAUCAAUAAGCAUUCCGUUGUCAUACAAAAACUACUGAAGUCAGAUAUGGUUCAGCCGGGCAAGACCGAGAUGAGGCUGAAACUUCAAGCAGAGCACAGAAAAAACUUGAGAGAAUUUGAUAAGAGGAUAGUGACCGAACUUGACGAAAAGCGACGAGAGCAACAGAAUACAUUGCACAUGGCUGGUGUACCAGGAUUUGAUGUCACAGACGAUGCUGGUCGUAUUCAAGUACAGAUACGUUUAUGUGAUUUCAUCAUAAGAUUGAGCCUAAUUGAUAAAAAACCUGAUGAAGUUUAA